CAACAUGUUAAGGUGGUUGGUUUGUUUCUCUCUUCUUGUUUGUGUUAUGUCUCAGACACCAAGGCCAUGUGAAAGUCCGAAGGCGUGGGAAGGAGAUGUACACACUUUUGACGAGUCCAAAAAAUUUAGAAGAAAUGCCCGAAUCACCUAUGAUGAAGAAAACAUAAGAAUCAGAGAAGUAGAAGAACUGGCUAUUGGAUCUAAAGAUGAUUUCUUUGAUGUUAUCAGACUCUAUAGGGAGGGUGUUGAAUAUCGCUUAAAUUUAAGAACCAAGGUAUGCAACGUCACAACUUUAACUCGACAUUUUGUUCCCAUUGGGUUCCCACCAAAUGCAAACUUCAGUGAUUCUUUUGUCAUUGGGAUAUCAGGGUUUCAGGAUGAAGAAGUGAGUGCCAUAUCUUUUGAUGGUGUUUUUGAAGGUGUACAAUUCUAUGGUAUUGUAACAACCCCAGAUUGCUAUCCUGUUCAUCUGACCACUCAAAGUCAACAAUUCGGUUUAGCACAAAGUCAAUAUUAUAAUAUUAAAGCUGGAAUACCAGAUCCUAAUGUGUUCAUACCACCUCCUGAAUGUACUCGUAAAUAAAUGUAAUCUCGUCAAGC